AUGAAGGAUUACUAUCCUCCUUCUCGGAAAAAGCCAAGUGAUAGAAGUUUUUUUCCUGAGCAAAACGGUUCCAGGCAGUCUCGAGGGGGCUCAUUUAAUAAUAAUUUCGAUCGAGGGUCUUCAUCAAACGAAUACCGUCCUUAUAACUCUACCCAUCACCAGCCAUAUCAGCGUGGUGGACGCAGUGGCAAAUGGAGAAGUCGCGAAGGAGGUGGCGGAUAUGCAAAUAAACAGCAAAACCAAAAUAAUAACGCGCAUAUUGGUGGCGAACAUACGCGGAAAACAUGGGUUGGUUUUAAAACACAAGUACCAAACUUACCAGAAUCACACAUAUCUUUUGACAAUGAUACCACUAACGUCCAGGAGAAACACAAUAAAAACGGAAGUAGUGACAGAGAUCGUCGUAAAAGCUCUGAUGAAUCAGACCUCUUAACUCAUGAAAGUAACUCUGUUCAAACGAAGCGACGGAAGCGGUCCCUUGAUGACGGUAAUACUGAAGCUACAAAGAACGUAUCAAAACGACAAAAGACUACCCCUACAGAAUCUGGUUUAAAGUCUCCUAAUCGAGAAUCAUUUCACCGUUCGCCUUCGGGAUCAUCGUUAAAAUUUUCUAACAAACAGCAACAGUCAAUGAAUGGUCAAACAGCGACUUUGGAAAAGGAGGCACCAAAGGAGAAGCAAAAAUCAAAACAAUUAGACCAUACUGAAAAAUUGAAGGAAAAAGGGGAAUCAAAUGUUAAAAGCGCUUCUUUUUCAAGCUCACUUGUCAAACCUACUAAAAGCAGUCUAAGGGAGAAAAAGAAUAUUCAUAACGCCAAAGAAAAAAAUAAAGCUAAUAAAAAUGAUAAUGAAAGCCGUCAUUAUGCUGAAGACGCGGAAGAUGAGGAAGAGUUAGAAGAAGCAGAAGAGGCAAAAGAGCAACAAGAGGAACCACAAGAACCAGGGGAACAAGAAGAAGAUAAUGAUGAUGAUGAUGAUGAUGAUGAUAUGCCUAUUGCCAGCGCUUAUAGACAUAGAUUUAAACACAGACGUUUUGAAAAACAUCUUUACAAAGAAUCACCAUCUAUGCAUGAAAGAAAACAAACAAACUCACGGCAAGAAUCACCACGGCAAUCCAAACUUACAAAACUUACUAAGUUGAAAAAAGAUCACUCCCAAAAUUCUAAAAACCACCAUGGUUCCGAUUCUACAGCGAGUGAUGAAUCAGAAUCUGAUAAUACAGUCAACAGAUCCUUGUUUUUAUCUCCACAUUCUUCUAAUAGGCGGCGCCGAUUUUCCAGCCAAAUCAAUGACGACGACAUUAUUUUGGUGAGUGAAGAAGACGUUAUGAGUGAAACUGGCGACGAGGGGAGUUCUGCAGAAGUAGAGGUAAUGAAAAAGGCACUACAUAAGAUAGGAAGAGUUAAGAAAAGGAAGAAAAAAGAUGAAGAGAAGAUUAAAGAAACAAUUGAAGACAAGGACAAGGUAAAUGAAGAAAAAGAAAAGGAAGAUGAAGUUAAAGAAAAAGAGAGGAAAUUUCCCAAAGAUAUAGAGAGAAAAAAAGAAUUAGAGAAAAAGAAGAAGAACGUUGUAUGGAUGAAGGAAGACGAAAAUGAAGGAGACGAUGAAGAUGAAGAUGAAGAUGAUGAAGAAGAGGAAAAGGAAAGGGAAGAACAACCAGAAAAUAUUGUGCGGGAGGAACCUAAAUCACCAUCUCGGCUGUCAUCUCAUCAUGAACGAGACUUUUCACCAUUAGUUGCAAAAAGACCCAAAAAUGUUUCUGAUACCGCAUUUGAAAUAGUUUCGUCCCCUGAAGCUGGUAAUGAUUUUGAUUCGGAGAACGAGGGAAUAAACCAAGACCAAAAUCAACAGCUCCAUCUUUCAGAAAGUUUAGAUAAUGUUGCAGCAGUUUCUAGAGAUCAACAAAACAGGGCAAUUUCUAAGUCAACCCUAUUUUUAGAAAAGGCUACAACAACCACGCUUUCUGGACAAUCCCAAGAAAACACAAAAAUACCCAGCCCGUCAUCCCCGCAGGAACUAACACGGGAACAUACAAAUUUACCAAGUCCUAUUGAAACAAUGCAGCCUCAAAAUAUUGGCAAUUCAAAAAACAUUAAUUCUGAAGCCAAUACUGACAGGGGGCAUAUUACUUUUUCUAAUGUUCCUCAGUCAAGUAGUGGCAGUGUACCACCGGCAAUGGGCACUUCUGCUUCUUCUACUGAAAUCCGUAUCAAAGUUGAACCUCGUAGCAAGCGAUCUACAUUUACCAGGAAUAAUGUUGUGACAUCUCUACGAGCAGUUGAAGAACAAGUUAUUAUCGGGGAACAGCAAUUGGCGAGUACUGAAGGCAUACUUGAGGGGCUCCAAGGAUCAAAUGUGCAACAAUCGCAAUUAUCUGAUCAGCAAUCUCAGGUCCAGGAGCAACAAAAUGUACAGUUGGAUACAAACAACCGGUCUACUGAUACCCAUGAAUAUGAAUCUUUAAGACAGUCACAAGCUCAAUCUCAUGCUAUAUACGCGGGAGUUUCACAGACUGACGGGCGUGUGCAAUCUGCUUUUGGUGUGACUGCAGACCUUCGAGAGAAAACUUUGCACAGCGCUCAGAAUGAACAAGAAAAAGCACACGAGAGAGCAAAGCGUGAAGAAGAAUUGCGGCUCAAGAAUUUAGGGGAGAGGAGAAAGUUAGAAUCUAUGAGAUUUAACGGGCAAGCGCUGGCGCAAGCUCAGGGAAUAAAUCAAGAGCAUGGUUCACCGCAAUUGACUCAGCAGCAGAUGAAAGAACAGGCCCAAGUCCAAGCUCAAAAGAGUCAACAACCUAAAGAACCAGUUCAAGGCCAACUGAUAUCGGCUGAGCAGCAACCAGCAACUGAAGAUAUCGUACAUCAUCAAAAACAUCUUAGCAAAGAAGCACGGAUGCAAGCUCGUGUUUUGGCUCAUGCCCGAAAAUUAGCGAAAAAAAAAGAAGUGGAAGCUCUUUCACAGGAAGAAAUCGAGCUUCAGCAAGCCAAACUUUUGAAAGAAGCCAGGCUUCGUGCUCAGCUCAAAGCUCAACAAGAACAAGCACAAUCACAAUCACAGGUUUCGGCACCAAUGCCAAUACCAAUACCAACACCAAUACCGGCAAAAACACCGUCACCAGCACAGCAACCAGCACCGACACAAACACCGUCACAAACCCAAAUACCAGCACCAGCACUAACUCCAGUACCAGUAGCAACAUCAGCAUUAGCAUCAGCAUCAGAAGCAACAUCAUCACCGGAACUUGAAGAAACAGAACCAUGGACCCAAGCACAAGAAAAAGUACAAGCAGAAAAUUUGAAUAAAGCACAGGCAGCGACACGGGCACAAUUACAAGCUCAACCAAUCCAACCAAUCCAACCAAUUCAACCAAUUCAACCAAUUCAGCAAACUCAACAAAAACAAGAACAAGAAAAAGCACGCGCUCAACAAAUUCAGAAAGCUCAGCAAGCGCAAGCGCAAGAGCGCGCUCAACAAAUUCAGCAAGCUCAAGCACAAGCUCAAGCACAAGCUCAAGCACAAGCUCAAGCUCAAGCACAAGCUCAAGCACAAGCUCAAGCUCAAGCACAAGCUCAAGCACAAGCUCAAGCACAAGCUCAAGCACAAGCUCAAGCACAAGCUCAAGCACAAGCUCAAGCACAAGCUCAAGCACAAGCUCAAGCACAAGCUCAAGCACAAGCUCAAGCACAAGCUCAAGCACAAGCUCAAGCACAAGCUCAAGCACAAGCUCAAGCACAAGCUCAAGCACAAGCUCAGGCUCAAGCUCAAGUACAAGCACAAGCACAAACACAAGCUCAAGCUCAAGCACACAUGCAAGCACAAGCUCGAGCUCAAGCACACACGCAAGCACAAGCACAAGCUCGAGCUAGAGCUCAAGCACUAGCCCAUGCACAAGCCCAUGCCCAAGCGCAAGCGCAAGCGCAAGCUCUAGCCCAGGUAAAAGCACAAGCACACGCUUUUGAAAAGUCUCAGACACAGCAACAAUAUCAUCGACCUUCUUUAACAACUUUACUACAUCCAGCAUCUUCACCCCAAAUUUCAUCACCCGUGACCGCCUCUCCACCGGUUCAUGUUUUUCAAGCACGACAUCCAGCUGGAGUUCAAGCGAUAUACUCUGAAAAAUUGCAGUCACAGCCACAGCAGCACCAAAAUGCAUUACAGCAAGCACCCCAGCAAAUGCCUUAUACCGAUGUUAAUACUAGUAGUGGUUUCGAGAUGAAUUCGCAAAAUAUUGUGCCACCUGCAUCCACACAGUAUCCAACAGGACGACGUGGGAGUGUAGUGUCAGCUAGGCCUAUUCAUAGUAAUACUCAAGGGCAGCAAGGGCAGCCAGGGCAGCAAGGGCAGCCAAGGCUGCCAGGGCAACAGAGACCACUGGGACGAAGAGCAAGUGGUAACGAAGCGAUAGGAGGCGACCUUAAUAAUGAUAGCAGUGAAAUGAAGCGAGUCGUGAUACCAAAUUUGGAUGAGGCAUUUGCCAAGUUUUCUGAGAGAAUGAAGCUGGAAGCGGCACAACGACGACAAGGGUUUACCCGUGUGAUUAACUUUGUGAAAUCACGAAAAGAAUAUCUUAGUAAAGCGGCUGAGACUCUCCAGAGACGGAAUUUGUUAUCUCCCGAAACUGGGGCUGAGGGUGAAAAUAGAAGCGAUGAUAAACAAACUGGUUCGGAUUCGGGUAUACGUGAAGUAGCCGGAUCUGAGACCACAGGUGGAGAUGAUGCAAGAUCCGGAUCCGAGCCCAGAACAGAAGAGACAGAAAUAAGAGAGGAAUUAGGAGUUGAGGCAGGGGUUGAGAUGGGCAAAAAUUCCGAGCAUGAGCACGAGAAUGAGAAUGAGAAUGAGAAUGAGAUUCUGAAUCCGACCAAAGAUCAGGAGCCCAUUAGUGAAAGGGGGUUAGGGGAGAAGGGGCCUUUCAAGAAUGAGGAGUAUUUGAAGAUUUUGGAGCAGCUUCGGUCAACGAAAACAGCUGAGGAGUUUGCGAUGUUAUUGGCCGGGUUAUCGAAGGCAUCGUUUUCCAAGGUGUUUAUGAAAUUGGAUACACGGAAACAGGUUCUGGUUAAAGAAUUAUUGAAACUUUAUUUUGAUAAUGGUGGGAAAAAGGUUUGGAAGCCAGAUCAACCGAACAUUGAGCAGCUAUUUCAACAGUACCAGCAGAAUGAGCCGUUUCAAUCUCAGCAAUCUCAGCAAUCUCAGCAAUCUCAGCAAUCUCAGCAAUCUCAGCAAUCUCAGCAAUCUCAGCAAUCUCAGCAAUCUCAGCAAUCGAAACAGCCGCAACAGUCGAAACAGUCGAAACAGUCGAAACAGUCGAAACAGCCGCAACAGCCGCAACAAUCUCAGUCAGGCCAUGGUGUGUUAUCUGAGCAAGUAACUGGAAGUAGCAUUACGCCGACGAAUACCACCAUUCCUACUCCUAUUUCCACUCCUACAACUACUAUGGAAGUUAUCAAUGAUAAUUUUGGUGGUGGUGAUAAUAAUAAUACCAAUAAUACCAAUAAUACCAAUAUUGGUUCAAGUGUUACGAAAUCGACUAUACCUUCUCCUAUUGUAACUGCUGCUACUAUUACUACUACUAAUACUACCCCCACCACCAAUACUGCAACAACUGGUGGUGGAACACUACCUCAACAAAGAAGUAAGAGCGGCGGUAUUAAGAAUUCAAAAUCAGUUUUAGAUCAAUAUCAGGAGAUCAAACGGCUAUGGCAAAUACGGGAGAGUCUUUCACAAGAGCAGCUUGAAGUAUUUAUGAACCUUGUAAUGAUGCACCCCAACAUACCUAUUCAGGACAAGACUCGCAUUACAUAUGCGUUGCUUCAUUUGAAUAAGAAGGUGGAGAAGUUUACAGGAGAGGGAAAAGUGACUUAA